CUUCUGCAGAGGGGAAAAACGGCACCGAGCCGGUCACUUCAGGAAAGGGUCGUGUCUGCUUUGGAGCUACAGGAAAGAGCGAGGCAGUCUCCGAUGGGAAUGGAGCAGAGCUCCUCGGAGAGAAGGCUGUGCUGAGGUAGAGGAUGGUGUGAACUGGAUGGCGGUGUAGCUCUGCUUCAGUGCUGGACUGGAAAGAAACCCAAAGUCGUGACUCCGGCGGAGCCCUGCGUGUCUCCAAAAGCCCUGCUCUGAGUUAGUCCCACCAGUGAGGCUGUGCAGCGUGAAAACCGCUUGUUGUGGUCAGUUUUCAGUUCUCUUGCUCCUGGACCUUGCUCCAGAUUUGAUCUGCUCGAGAGGGGAGCGUGUUAGCGAAGGAGCUUGCCUGGAUGCUGAAUACUUUAUAACUGGGUGUGCCUGAAUGCAUUAGCCUUUGGAUGUGAGCGUCUUCUCUUGAAACUGCCUUGUGAUACCCUAGCUGCCUGAUCUCUCGGGAGGUCCCUUGGAAGAGCCUGUCCCUGCGUCUGUCUGGGUGCCUGACGGGGCUGCCUUGCUUCCAGAUCUGAACCAUGUCCCACCCAUCCUGGCUGCCACCCAAAAGUACCAACGAGCCCGUUGGUCACGUUACUGCAAGGAUGGAGACGACACACACCUUUGGGACUCCCAGCAUCUCGGUGUCCACCCAGCAGACGCCAAAGAAGUUUGCACCUGUUGUUGCCCCCAAGCCAAAGUACAACCCAUACAAGCAACCAGGAGGUGAUGGGGACUUCCUUCCUCCUCCUCCACCUCCUGUGGAUGACCUCGGGAACAUCACUUCUUCACAGGGUGCCUUUCCCCCUCCACCCCCUCUGGAUGAUGUUACUUUCAACGUGCAGGUGAAUCCUGGCGGCAAGACGCUUGAGGAGAGGCGGUCCAGUUUAGAUGCAGAAAUCGACUCUCUAACCAGCAUCCUGGCCGACCUAGAGAGCAGCUCUCCUUACAAACCUCGGACUCAACAGGGCCGCUACCAGGACCCCUACUACGGGGGGUAUGGGGGGAGGAACGGCUCCGAAGCGCCCUACGUGCCGCAGAGCACCUGGAAGGCUGAGCCAGCGUAUCCCACCAGUAACACCGUGGGCCAGGCUCCUCCCGGGCUCUACCAGCCGCCUGGCACGAAGAAGACCUACAUCACCGACCCGGUGCUGGCCCCCCAGCCGCCUGCUAUGCAGCAAAAGAGUGGGUAUCCAAGCUCUGGACCCGCAUCAAGCACUCCUGCCUUCAGGCCUGAGGAUGAGCUGGAACAUCUGACCAAGAAAAUGCUGUAUGACAUGGAGAAUCCUCCCUCUGAUGACUACUUUGGCCGCUGUGCCCGCUGUGGGGAGAAUGUUGUUGGGGAAGGCACCGGCUGCACGGCCAUGGACCAGGUCUUCCAUGUGGAGUGUUUCACCUGCAUGAUGUGCAACAACAAGCUGAGGGGACAGCCUUUCUAUGCAGUGGAGAAGAAAGCCUACUGUGAACCCUGCUACAUUAACACGCUGGAGCAAUGCAGCGUCUGUGCAAAGCCCAUCAUGGAAAGGAUCCUCCGAGCCACCGGGAAGGCCUACCAUCCCCACUGCUUCACCUGCGUGAUGUGCCAUCGCAGCCUGGAUGGGAUCCCCUUCACUGUGGAUGCCGGCGGAAAUAUCCACUGCAUUGAGGAUUUCCAUAAGAAAUUUGCACCGAGAUGUUCAGUGUGUAAGGAGCCCAUCAUGCCGGCCCCAGGACAAGAGGAGACUGUACGCAUUGUCGCCUUGGAUCGUGACUUCCAUGUCCAGUGCUACCGGUGUGAGGACUGUGGCGGCCUCCUGUCUGAAGGGGACAAUCAGGGCUGUUACCCUCUGGACGGGCACAUCCUUUGCAAGACCUGCAACUCUGCUCGGAUCCAGGCUCUAACUGCCAAGGCCAGCACUGAUCUCUGAGUAUCGACUGUGACCCUCCCCAGGAUGCCUGUUGGGGGAUAUUGCACAAGCUUUGCAUGAUUUCUUUCCAGCCUAGGGUCUGAAUCUCUGUGUUUUUUUUUUAAAAAAAAAAAAAAAAAAGUAAAACUGGAAGGCCUUGGAACAAGAGGGCAGUUUCAGAGAGGCCGUGUUCAGACUGCCCAUGACAGGCACCUGAUUUAGAUGUGACUUUUCAGGAGGGUGGUGAGUGAGUCAGACCACUGCUGCCUCUGCAGCUGAUGGAGAUAAGUGGUCACAGCACCUAAGUUAUCUGCCUGUAGAAGGAGGUCUGGACAUGGUCCUAACUAUACUUGUGUUUGGUUCCUGUCUCUUAAGAAGUACAUGAAGGUAGAAGGUGAGAGAUGGCUGAGCUAGUUCUCUCUCCCAAGUUAGUUUGAGAACCUGACCAGCUCUCAUUGAAGUCCAGGGGAACUUCCCUUUGACUUCAGUAGGAUCUGCAUCACCAGCAGAAGUAGCUCCACUGCCCUUGAAGGUGUUGAGAGCAGACCCAGCACUCCUCUCAUCACAACACAGACAAUGCCACUUCAACUGCACUGCACCUGAGAGUGUAGGUGUGACCUUGCAUCCUUGGGAUACAGAUUUGUUUUUUUCUUAGGCCCUUACUUGUCUCCAUUCCCUUCCAGUUCAAUAGAGAUUUUCUUUUUCUUAUGAAAUUGUAUUUUGCUAUUGCAUAAAUUUAUUCAGUAGUGAUGCUUCCAAUCCACAAUGUAUGAGCAAGCACAGAAAGAUAUGAGCUUGCACACACUGUACACUACACACACUACACACACAGAAUGUGCUUUUGAUUUACCAGCGGUAUAAGCUGAUCAUGUCCGUUGAGAAGGUCUUUCAAGGAUGUGGGGCUGGAAACACAUUUUUAAAAUCCCAGUGGUUAAAAAAAAAAGACUACAUAGAACUGCAGUGCAAAGCGAUGCUCAAAAAAAUCUUAUGCCACUCUUUCACACACCCCAGUCUAGUGGGACUACUGGCAGUGUUGGUUUCUGGGUAGACGUUUAAGCAAUAGAGUCUUGUUCCAUCUCCUGUUUAUUGCAAAGGGAGGAUUUUCCUUCAACUAUAACAGGGAUUGAAUCAAGCCUUGGGAUAUACAUUUCUCUGGUGUUAACGUGCGUGAUCUGGAGUUCUCAUUAAAAAAAUUAAGGAUCUUAUUUCAGCAACAGCAAAAAGGAUCCUCCUAAAUACAUGCUGUUGUUCAGUUUGUAUCUUAAGAAAGCUAAAAGAAGGUAUUAAAACCCUUCUCUGUGCUAUUCCAAAAAGUAAUCAUUUUUUUUUUCCUCUUUCAUUUUCAUCCUAGCCUCUUAUAACAUCCCUUUGGUGAAAUGUCUUUGCAGGAGAGUGCUAGGCCAGCAGCAGCAUUUUCAUCUUCUGUCCAGAAUUAAUACUUAUGCCAAGGUAAAUAAAAGCUGGGCACAGAUUAUCUUUUUUUUUUCCUCAUGUUGGUGGGGUUGUUUUUAGUUUGGUUAAUUAAAAAAAAAAUUAGAAAUCCACAGCAUUCUGAGCAGCUAUAAUAUUCAUGUUCAUGAAACCCAUAAUAACUAAGGUGCAAAUUACAUAGUGAGGGAAUAAUUUUCAUAUCACUGAAUUGACAUUAAUAUCUUAUUUGCAGAUGUAAUCAAAGAAAAUACCUUUCUUUGCACUUAACAAAUUAAGAAGCAGAACUGAAACAGUUGCAGGCUGAUUGACCAUAUAAGUGACAAACUGGCACUCUUCAAGAGUAAAUUAUAAGAAUUUUUUUCACGCACCCACUGAAAAACAAUAAGAAUGUGGUGCUUUCAUCUUUAUUCUCCCUAACAGAAGCCUGAUAUAAUUAUACCCACUAAUGCUAAAAAGGAAAGAAAAGUUAGAUGAGCUAGACCGAUAGGAAACAAAGACGAAAAAAUGAGAUACUCACUGCAGCUCCUGCAAAUGGCGCAUUUCCUUUCAGUUUAGCACUAACCUUUAUGGAAGAGCACUGUGAAAUUUAAUAGCUUUAGCUGUAUACAGUAAAUUCAAAUACAGAAAUACCAGUCUGAAACCUCUGUUCCUUACACGGUUUAUAUGCUGGCAAACUCCACUGGUGUCAGGGAAGAUUCCCAAAAUUCACAGCUCAGAAUGAAUCCUUCUUUGUAGAAGGGUGGCAUCAUUAAGCAAAAGAAAUCGUUCUCUACCAUAGUGGCUGUGCUGAAGCAGUAGACUUCUACCCUGGCCUUCAAGAAUUUUACUGCCUCAGACAUAAACAUAUUUUUUUGCACUGUGACUCCUGCCAGAUUCCAUCUGGGAUCCUGGUUCCUGAACUGUGGCACGUAAGGUACUUCUGAGCUCGCUUCUUUACAUGUAGUCUGCACCACCACCAGUCAGACAAACCUCGCAACUAUUGAGCAAAUCUCGUUUGAAGUAACCCUACAAAAACACGGGAGGUCAGAGCUGGGGUUGCUGGCACUAUUGUAUCCCUGUGGAGGAUUUUACAUCUCUGCAAGCACUCGGUUGCCAUUCAUCAGGCAACAAAUGUAGCUCUGAUCUUCCUUAUUCUUGUUAGUGUUAAAUCAAGUGGCUGACAAGACUAUCCAGAGUAACACUGGGGUAAUUGAUGGGAAUGAGCUAUUGCACCUUCCUGCAGAACAUGGCCUAGACUAAGGAGGACCAAAGUCCAGAGCCUUUGGGCAGUUUAUGGCCCUGCCAUACGCUGGACUUGGAGCAAGUCAUGUGGCUUCUCGUCUUCUGCCCUCUGCAUGAGAGGGCUUCUUUCCAGCUUCCCAGGGACGUUAUGGGAAUUUAACUAAUCACAGAUUGGCCCAAACUACUGAUUUUUGGAGUUCUGUCUUCUCUUUCCAGAAAAGCUUGCUGGUAUGUAGGUUUGGGAUUCCAGCCCGUUUCAAAGCUAAGGGCCAGCCAGGAGAUCUAGAUCUGAAUCCUCUGUGUUAUUAGGGUGCUGUGGUGAGUUGGGCUGGCGUGCAGGGAGGCGAGAGCCAAACUUUUCAAGCAUUAAAUACUCCAUGGAUGGAAGGUGUUUGACAAAGAUUGAUAUUUGAAGUACUGUGGCCUGACACAGCUGGGCAAAGGUAUUAUCACGCUUUUGUUUUCACCCCUGAAACACCAAAGCCAUCUGCCUGUUGGAAGGAGUGAGCUUCCAAAACACUUUUCUUUGUUUUCUGUAAUGCAUGCGGUUUUGGCUUCUAAAAUUGCUAUAAAUAUAUUCAGAAUAUAUUGCAUAAAUGUAUAUACAUCACAGAGGCUCUCAUCACUCACAUGUGUAUGGAAAUCUCCCCUCCGAUGCUUCAGGAUUUAAUUAGGAAAUGCUGGUGGACUUAUCUCAAUAGUACUGCAAUUAAGAACCACUGGGAUAUUGCUUCAUCACAAUAUUUAUCACAUAUUUAUAAUAUAUCCUGUUUUAUCUGUUCCAAAGAAGGAGUCUUUUUGCCAAAGAGACCUUGCUUUUCUUAAGGUGCACUUCUUAGCUAUGACAAAAAUUCACAUUCUCUGUGGCUGUGGUAAUGUCCAAACUGUUCCUUUCGGAGAGAAUUGGAAGAUCACACAGACUUUUCUCUUCAGGUCUGCAGAGUUUUUGCAUACGCUGCUUUGGCUUUGUCUAGCGUUUAUUGGCAAGUAGGGCCUGAUCCCACGAUUUGUGUGGCCAGACAGGGCCCAGGAGGGUCUGUGAUCAGGUUCUAAUUUAGCAAAAUACUUAAGCCCAUGGGGUUUGUUUAAGCACAGGCUUAAAGCCAUUGCAUGGUGUGACAUAAGCCAUGGAUAUGCAGUCACUAAUACCAGACUGAUUCUGUAUCACCCAGACAUACACAUUUGAUCUGGGUAGGAUUGGGGGCACAGUCAAAUUUCUGUCAAAUUACCCAGAACGCGUGGAAUGUCUCCUGUGUUGCCCUUAUGCCAGCUGCAGGAGGGCACCUGGUGACUGAUCCAACGUAGCAUUUGGACAACAGGAGGGUGAGUUAUUACAAGAUCAGUGCUUCGUGUCGAGUGGCUGUGGCACUUUCCAUAUGUCACAAGUAGCCCUACAGCCAGAUUUACUGUAUCUUUGAACCGUGGCUUUAAAACUGUCUACUUAAACUUUCUCCAGAAGAUUGGGUUGCCUUGGUUACAACCCCAUCCUUAAGCGUUUCCCCAAGGCUAACAGCAGUAUUUUGUGAAUGUGAUGGGUUUAUUGUCACUCAUUUUAAUCAUUGCCUGAAUGUUGCUUUUAAAAACAGAAAGCAACACCAUUGCCUUAGCUUAUCAGAUAAUGCACCUUUAAUUUUGUUUUUGUAAUAUUUUAAUUCUUAGAUUUUUAUCACGGCUGUGAAACACUUGGGUAAUGACUUAAUCAUAGAGGUGUGGGAGUACCAAAGUGUUUAUCAUAGUGAACUCUACACAACGGCGUUCAUUCUGAUGGCAGGAGCAAGACUUUCAUGAGACACAGGCCUUAAGCUGACUUUCUGCCUAUCAGCAAAAUGUGCCUGAGAAGAAUGAGAAAAAAGUGUCUUUUAGAGAAAGGGCGGUUGUUGAAGAGAAUAUGCAACAAGUCAUACUGAAAUCUCUUUGAACCUCUUGUGGCUGCUGCCUGGCCACAGUCAGCCAAGCCUAGCUUAGUUUUGAUAAAUCCUGGUACCUUUUGAUUUUGAGAAAGUCCAGCAGCCAAGGGGUAACAGGACCCAAGAGAAGGUCCUUGAGGGAAAUUCUGUGUCUUUGCCCUCCUCCAGCAUCAGACAUAAAUGUUAGACACCCUGGUGCUUCAGCUGAAUGGCGCAGAAAGGAUUUGAGUUUGUAACUGUUUUCUGUUGAUAGCCGGUUCCUGCGGUGGUUCAUCAUGUUGAUUUGCUAUUUGUUUUCCGAGUUGGGUUGACUACAUCUUAUAUUGACUUCGAUGCUGUAAGUCAGGGCGAGCAGGGAGAGAUGUGCUGAAGAAUCUCACUGUGGUGAAAUUCCCAUGAGGAAACACUAGUGAUGGUAACCGAGGGUUUGUUGCCAAAGGAUAGCAGGGACUACUGAGUACUAUCGAGAGGUUAGUAAAGUAUAAACUAAGAGUGAGCUGUGACAACACUAUUUCCAGGAGAGCUGGUCACAAUUUUUACACUAAAUUCUGUGAUGUCAGAAGGGCCGGUAUUUUUAAUGAGAUAAUCUCAUAUUGUCUCAUUUUGCAAUGUUAUCCACAACCGUUUCUUUUCUUGCUAUUAUAAUUAAAACCAUGUUGAAUUUUUAUCUAAAUAAAUUUCAGAAUUCUUAGCAAAUAUUUUCUUUUCUCAAAAACCCAUGUCUUCUCAGUUUUUUGUAGUUUUGGGUUUCUUCUGCUGGUAAAUUAGAGUUUCUGUGACGAUUUUGAAAACUUCUUUGGAUAAAAAUUCUAUUUAAACACAAGCACAUGUGUUCUUGGGAAAUGGUUCAGUAUUGGACCUGGCGAAAUAAAAAAAGCUUUGAAACAUUUCAGAAGAUAUUUUUUCCCUAUUUUUAACUAGUUUUGCUAACUUUGAAGUCACUGUUUCCUUUGUUAGAACAAUCCAAAUAAUGUGACUCUUCUUAAAAUAACAGUGUUACUUCUGUUGGGUUCAUUUUUAUUUCCUGUCUUAAAGCCAUGGAGUGUCUGGCUAUGGACAAUGCUAGGGUCUUGUUCUGUAGAAAUUGCAAUUUUCUUCGUUGGGUUGGUAUUUUUUUUUUCCCCCUGAAAUUACUGAAGAAUGUAAGCACAUUAUGGGAACUGCUGGGAAGAUCAAGAGAUACUUGAUUGAACUUCAUCUCCACAUACCCUUCUGGGCUUGGGAAUGCCAUUUCUCCUUAAAUAUUUCUAGAAAUACUACCUGGCUUCUUCAGCAUUUCAAUUUUGAAUUUGCAACAGUCGAUUGCCUGACUGGCAUUUGGAGCAUGAGAGAGAGUAGACUUUAAACUUGUGAAAUUAUAACAUUCACCCAGCAUCUAAAAAUCUAAGGAAAAAACCAUAACCUUGGUAUGUUUCCUGGUGGAUGCUGGGAACAGCUCUCAUGUCAGCCUGGAAAUUCUCUGCCGUGAUCUAAAAAAACACUAAGCUCAAACGCUUGCAGACCGCUCUGGCUCAUGCACUCACACGCACACAGAAGGUGGUUGUGGGGCUACAGCUAAGUGGAAAUGCAGGCUGCAAUACUGAGCGUUGCUACUUAACCCCCACUGGGCUUUACUCCUGGCUAUGUGUUCCUGCUCUCUUUGGCUUCACGUUACGCAUGGAAGCAAUGGGGCUGAUCACUGGUAUCAAGAGCACUCGGUUCAAACUUUUUUUAAAAUUUUGCUGUUCGUGCACAUUUCUCAUUAUACCUAGAUUCUUUAGAAAAUGAGGAAGGAAACAGAAGCCCCAGGCGGUGGCAUUACCUUUACAUUUCCAGGGGCCAGAGUCCCUCGCUCGGAACAUGACCCUUGGGGUGUCUCUACUUCUUUGCCUCUGCCUCCCUUCAUCCGCAAGCAGCUCUCUUACCCACUUUUUCCAUUUGCUCAACGUGCACUCAUCUUUGCAGUGAAGAUGUUAUGUUACUUACUUGACAGAGGUAUUGUGAGUCUUAGCUAGUAGUCGGAAAAACUUUUCCAGAUCUUUAAUCAAGUAGUUUUGUGCAUCCAUAGUAUCAGUGGCCUGCCACAUGGAUAUCAAAGAGAAUGAUUAUAAUUAUUGCUUUUAAAAUUAUUAUGAAAUUGUGCCUUACUUUUUCAGUCAUAUUUAACCAUGUAAUUUAGAACCACAUGAUUGCAGGGAUUUAUCAUGAAGAAAUUUGUUUGAAGGAUAGUUUGUUUUUAAGUAUUUUUUUCUCCAAAAAUGAAUUUAUUAGGUUUUCCUCUUUUAUUUUUUCCUCCAGUUUUAUUCCUUUAGUAUGUUUGUGUAAAAGGGCAGCCAGAAUUUGCAUUCGUGAGAGACAGAAGGUUUUAUUUGGUCUUGUAUGUAGAGCUUUCAUUUUCUUUUAUGUUCCUUCAGGAAAAUUCCUCUCUGCCCGAUUACUCAUACUUAGAUGUCUUUAAGUGCAGGCUGACCAGUAAGGGGGUUUUGUCGUUGAAUUUAGUGUGUGGUUUGCUUCAUGGGUUGGGGUUUUUUUAAAUAACCAGAUAUGGGGUACUGAGGAGGCAUUGCGUAUUAAUGCAGAAUAUUAAUGCUAAUUUUCAUAGAAAAGACAAAAUUCGAGUCUUCCCUUGUCUCCAGUGCAGCUUUGUUACUGUUUUGUGUACAACACUAAUAUUAAGCCAGACCGUAAAGGCAAAAUACUCAGUGACCUACUUCCAUUCACCAGCAAGAACCCUUUGUCAGCUGACUCCUGUUUGUUUGUUCAUUUUUAAAUGUCGGAUUAUAGAAUGAGCAUCUCCUAAAGAUGAAAGAAAACACUGUUUUCAUGUGCAGGAAAUUUGGGGUUGCGGUAACAGAACAUUUUCUUUGUGAAUUUGGAUGUCAUGGUGUUUUAAGCUCCUGCCUGGAGACUGUAUCAAUUUGGCCUCUCAUCCAGUUCCUCUCACUGGUGCUCCUGAAAGGCUGCAGCCCUGCAAAAGCUCGUGCAGCAUUUUUGGCUGCCUUCCCUUGCUCCCAUGUGGUACAUAUUUGCACAAUUUAACUGAGCUUUUCUUUCUGCUGAAGGUCAGAUGCAAGCGAUAUGAAACACUAAACUUUAUAAACAAGCAAAGCCAUUUCAACCACAGCAUUUUGGACUAGAAUGGAUUUUUAGGUGGCGCACUGUCUGCUGGCCUCUGGAGAGGGGAUCCUGAGACUACAUUGGACUGGAACAGGAUGCAAAGCCACAAGCCUUGGUUUUUUUAAUAAACUACUUACUGUAAUGCAGCUACACAGUUUCAGCCUCACACUUCAGAAGAAGCUUCCAGCAGCAAUGCACGUACAGGCACUUUCUCUCUUGCAGAAAGUGAAACUUUCCCAACCAGAGUAAAUUUAACUUAUUGCAUAAGAUGCUGGAAGGUUUUUUUUUUUCCUUGGGAUUCUCACUGUAACCUCUAUGUGCAGAGGAUGAAUAGCUUUUCUUCUCUCCCCCCCCCCUUUUUUUUUUUUGACAAGAUUAGAUGUUGCAUAUUGAUGAGCUAGCAUUUCAAAGGUCCGUGGGGCUUUGGAACGUAUUAAGAAUCUCUGAAGUUUAAUAUUCACCAUGUUUUAAAUAUUCAGAAGGAAAAAUCUGCAUAAAAUGGCUUUUGAUAAAUACAUUCUAGGGAUUCUUUCUUUCUAUCUUACACAAGCGUUGUGGGGAUUGUGGCUGUGCCAGUUUUGUUCCAAAGUGUCUUUUGUUUCAGUGUUUCAGGACCAUUUUGAUCCCAUUUGUAUGCCCGGUGCUUGUCCUGAAGUCUUUUAUGGUUUCUCCUGGAACUGUACAGCAGGCAGGUGGAUGUGACCAAGGCAAAGGCAGAGGCGAGCAGCGUAACUCCUGACUGUCUGCUUGACUGCUCCCCUUUUUAUGAGAGCUGGGCAUGUCCAGCCUCUUUCUGUGCCUGCUUUUUGUGAUGCAGGUUGGGAUUAGCCCAGUGGUUGGGCCUGGCUGAGAUCUUUCUGCCAAGGUGCUCCACACCAGUGGGGAUUUGAGAACGGAGAGGGCAAGAUCCCGGGUCCAGGAGCAAAGCAAAGUGCCAUUCAGUGCAUCUCGGAUCUCACAGGGUAAUUUCCCCUUUCCUCUUUGUAAGAGUCUCGGCAGUAAGAGAAGUGCUUUUAGGAGAAAUCCUCCCUUGGGGAUGCCCUAUUUCCCAUGCCGUUGAAAAUCCGUUGAAAAAUUGAAGCUUUAGAUGAGGAGGAUCGGUUACGGGCUGCAAACACGCAGCUAUUUUACUGUAUUACUAACUCUCUUGUUUGCCUUACACUUGACGUCCCAUGGUACAUAUCACAGUGUGCGGGACAGCUUCUUUGGUCCUGCUCACACACAGGCUUGACUUUGUCAUGCCAGUCCCUGUUGAAUCAGCGCCUGGUACUUGUUCUCAGGACCGCUCUGGCUCGGCCAAGGGCAUCUCAUGCUCCUAUGCAAAACGUGGUGCUUUCAGGUUUUGGCUUACAAAUAAUGCAGCCCUUUCAAACUCACCUUUCCCCUCUCAUGUAUUCCUGACAGAAGUAGGAUUUUAAAUAUUUCAUAGCAUUCUUCUUUCUUCUUCCUUUUUGCCAGAUGCCUUGAAAACAUUGUCAGAUUACAAUCUGGGUGGGGGUUUUCAGGAUCGAUUUCCUUUCCUUCUUGAUUGCAUGGUGUAGGUUUGCAAUGAGGGUUUUUUCCUUUUUUCUUUCUUCUCUUUUUUUUCUUUUUCCAGUCUUGCAGAACAGAUGCCUUCAGUUUAUGCAGUGAAAGAUUGGCUAUGAUUAGAGCUAAUCCAGGAUGGCAGGAUUGGACCCCCACAGUGAAAGCUAGAAAAGUGAUUGCAAAAGUAUUCUGUUUCUCCUUUAUUAAUUACACAGGAAGUUUCCACCGAAGGCUCGUGUAGCACAACUGGCCUAUGUAAUAAGUAUCAGGGCCUGUAAUUACAGUCUGUCUUCUGAUCCUAUCUGUGCUCUGGCUUUCUAGGCACUGCAGUUCUAUUUACAUCUGUGUCUUUGUCACCUUUUAAAUUUUUGAUUGGUCACUACGGGAAGAAGAGGAUAAGCCGUGAGCCCUGCAGAGGUGCAGCAAGUCUAAACAAGGGAGUCCUCCUCCUUCUCAGGUAUCCACCUGAUUUGGGAUACAGAACAGAGCAUGGGGAAUAGGGGGGAUUCUCCCAGCCAUGCACCGGAGUGGGCUGCAUGCCAACUGCGUGUCUUUCAAGAUCGUGAGGUCUUUGUAGGACUGGAAAUUUGAACUUUUUACAGGUCAUAACUAGCAUACUGCCUGGUGAGGGAGUUGAUACAUCAGCAUUUCUUUGUUCAGAGUAGUUUCUACAAGAUUUGACCUUUCUUUUCUGUAAGAUUCAGGGGUUUAUGGUUGCAAAGAGAUCCUUCCACAUAUGGCACAAGAGGGCUUUUGGCAUCAUGCAGAGAAGCUGGGCUACAAAUCCUGGUAUCAAUGGUAAAGCAAGAGUCAUUUGGGUGGAAGGAGGAAGGCAGUGAUUUACACGUAGUUCAGUACCAGGUUCACCAGCUCGGAGCAGCAACGAGCGCAGCCUCAGGCAGAUCAGUGCACUGGGGUGUCAAUCCAGAGACCUGGCAAUGAGUAAAUGGGCUCCUUGUGAAAAUACUCAGUGCCCAUCAGCCUGGCAGUAAUCUCUUGUCUCUUUGGAAACAUGCACUAAAGUUAGGGUAAAACUACAGAAUGGUGCCCCUCAGUCUUUUUUUUUUUUUUUUUUUUCCAAGGCAUAGUUCCAGUGCUGUGUUUGAUCAAGAGGAACGAAAGCCAUUGUGCAAAUACUAUACAAAUACUAUGCUCUAUGCAAAAAAAUACUAACAAUCCACUACGGAUACUUUUAAUGUCCAUUAAACUGUUAUGCAAAUUGUCCCUUUUCUGCAGCUUGCACUGUUAUUUAAUUAUUUUUGGUCUGACCUCUGUUAAAAAAAAAAAAAACCUCAAUUAUUUUUUAAUUUUUUUCUAACUCUACUUCUAAGAAAGUUGAUGCUUUAAAAGAAAAAAAACUUACUUUCAAACAUGGGUUUUUCAGGCUUCGAAAUUAAUAAUUUCUACACCUGACCCAGUUCCUGCAGCUGCCAAAAAUGAAAAGAGAAAGCUAUUUAAAUUUCUCAUAGAACCAUUUAUCUCUUAAAAUAUGCCAAGGCAAUUUGAGGUGGGGGUGGAGACUCAGCUAUUUAUCUCAGCAGCUUGAUUUUUCUCUUUAUGUUUCUAACUGUCAGGGGAAAAAAAACGGUAGGAAGCUAUUCUUGGGCUAUUAUUGAUGUAUUGUGUUGCCAUUAUGCAGGAUGUCUGCUUUGCUAUAUACGGAAGGACAUUAAUAAUAGCCAUCCCCCCUGCCCCCACCCUCGGUUCCUCUUUGGGAAGAUAGGGUUUAAACUGGAGCAUCUGCCAUGUUCAAAUUGCUGCUCCCUCCUCCCCUUUCCCCCAAUUCAUUCCCAAACUAGUUUUGGGAACAGGGCUAAGGGAAUAAGGAAACAGGUUAUGUUUGCUGUUUUUCUGCCUACUCGUGUGGUUGCUCCAGGCAAGUCAUUUCCAUGCCAUGUACCUGUCUACCCUCUUCCUUCCCAUGUAUUGCCCCUCCUUUCAUUUUAAGUUCAUCAGUGCAAAAAAA